CUACUGCAGCCGAAUUGAAUACACUAAAACGAUCGAUUACCUCGCGCGCGACUUGUAAUGUGAAAAACAGUAUUAAAUGAAGACUAGCGAUGUUUCCAACAGAUGCAACCAUGCUCAUUUACCAUAGCAGCCAUCUUGCAAAGCUUAUGUGGUGCUCCAUUUUGAAAGGUUUGAAAUAUGAAGUUAACUGAGGUUUGCUGUAAAACCUGUAGUCUAAAGAAGUUCACCAAUUAUAGAGAUCUGGGCUACAGGUUUAAGGUGCUUCGUAUCCCAGCACUUAAAGAUUCAAUUACAUCUCGUCAUGAUGAACCACAAGCUGGAUCGUGUGUCAAUGAAAUGUCCAGGCUAAUGGACUGCUGGAAAUCUACAGAUUACAAUCCCACGUCAUGCAGCAAGGAGACACAAGUUUUUAUCAAUUGUAUCCAAACAGCUCAGAUAGCAGCCAGGGAGGCUAAAGCCAGGGUAGCCAAAGGUCUUCCUGCAGCCAAAGGUUCCUCUUUGUACCCCAGUAAGCAAGUCAACCAGAUGCUGGCUAGAUACCCUCAACCCAAGUCCAAUUUCAUUGACUGAUUCAUCAAAGCUGAAUGCAAGUGUCACUUAGAAUAUAUUUACAUUGAAAAUAAAAUAUUUAUAAAUUU